AUGCAGCGCAUUCAACACGAAUACAUCCAUACAUCAUACCGCCCACCCUCAAAGAACACCUACUCAGCCGUAUCAUCAGGUCUACGAUCAGGACACAGCCCGGAUUCCCAGUCCUUGUCCGUGUUAGUCCGCAACCCGACAUUGGACAACACACAGAACAGCUCAGACUCAGGGCAGAAUAUAGCGGGGAGCCAUUCACAAGCAUCUGCACUCCCCCCAGACGAUCUAUACUAUGCGUCGAUGCCAGUGGGCGGCCAAACCUCAGGAGUAGGCUCAGCAAUAAUGCCGACACCACGAGGCACAAAGCGGCACCGCACAAGCAUCUCGGACGAAUCUUCGCGCCAACACCGCCGCCUCACCACCAAAGAAGAAGUAGCUCUCUUCGACAUAUGCAACCAAAAUGCAGCCACAUUCGGCAACCGCAGCAACCUCUGCAAAUGGUGGCAGACCAUCGCAUCAGAAUUCAAGCGCACCCACGAAGGCCGCUCCUACUCAUGGCACUCCGUCCGGCGCAAGGUAGAAAUGGUGACUAGACAGCGGAUCAAAUUCCUCGAGGACCGACAUCGCGACUCAAACGCCGCAACCUCAAGAGCAGAAGAAGCCAUGAACCCGCAAUGGCUCGCGGCAGUCGACGCCUGGAUCCCCACCUGGCAGCACUGGGAAGAAACAGAGAACCGCCGGAUCGCGAAACGCGACGAGAUCAAGAACCGCAGAGUAUCACAGCCCCAGCCCUACGGGCGGGAUUCCAAAACCGACGAUUCAUGGCGCCUGCCAGGCUCCACAGCCACAAGCCCUGACAUUGGCGCUGCAAUGAUGGGCAUACUACCCUCGAACGAAGUAACAAGUCCAACGCCAGCGCCAAUCCCACCACCCAAUUUUCUCGAAUCACCGCCAUCACCCACAGCACCAACGCUGAAGCUCCCGCCGGGCUUCGAAACAAUGUUCUCAAAUCCCGUUCAGCCCCCGCUAUCCUCUACACCACCGGUCAACGACGGUCGCAUGGUAUCGGCUGUUCUCGAGACCCUGGGAAAACUCAACAAGCACCUCGACGCGGCGUCCAGCGAGCCAAGUGCUGCGUCGCCUAUGUUUUCGGCUCUGGUGCAGGCUGCUGCGGAGGCUCCAAGUAAGGAUCCAGACGUGAAUGUGAAUGCUCAUGCGCAGGUCACGCAUGUGGACAUUGAGCGCAUGAAGCAGGAGUUGAGAAUUGAAAUGCAGGGGCAGUUUCGACGAGAGUUGGAGAGGAGUCGGGUUGCUAUGGAGGAGAAGCUGGAUUCUGUGCAGCAGACUCAGGAGAUGAUCCUUGAGAUGUUGAGGCAGGAGCCUGGGCGAUGA